AUGUGGAGAAGAGCAUCAGUUUCAAAACUCCCACAGCCCCUGAGGAGUUGUCGAAGAGCAUUUGCCCUGAGGAUCUUGUCGAAAAACAUUUUGGGCACCUUCUAUUUGCCUCAGCUGGUCUUCUGCAUCAGCGAGACCUUCCUGACUUUGUCCAAGUGCAGCGUCCAUGCUGCCGUGGGCGAGGCCUGCAAAACGAUGGGUAUGUUGGGCAUCGCCAACAGCUCCACUGGGCAAAAAGACUGGCAUAACAUCUUGGGCGGUGUCGAGUUCGCCAGCGACUUCACCAAGAUCAUUGAGACCGUCGGAGGCUUCGAGGAGCUGAUCCGGUUUCUGCAAGCGACCCGCGAAUUGAAAGCCAAAGCCUUGGCGCUGGGGGAGGCGGGCUGGCGAGCGGAGAGCGUGGCGCGGGAAGAGCGGGUGGUGGAGGGCGGUGGCGGCGUGGUUGAGAGGAUGACCGAGGUGGAAUGA